AUCUUGGAGGCGGGGCCGCGCCGAGUUGAGCGUUGGCCCGUGCCUUCCUGGUGCUCACGGAGCGCCCAUCCUGCACCCCGACCUCUCUGUUCCCCUUGUCCCCCUGUUUGCGGCUGCCGUGCAGGUCCUCGCUGGGCCUCCAGCACCCGGCACCAGCACCGGAGCAAAGUCCAGGCCGGGACUCCGAGCCACGGACGGCGGGAACCACGACCUCGCGGCGGCAGUCUUAAACAGGUCAACCAGUAUACUGUAAUUGAAGAAAAAUGAUGGAAGAGAGUGGGAUAGAGACAACGCCCCCUGGGACGCCUCCCCCGCAUCCUGUAGGCCUGGCCACAGUGUCUUCUUCCUCCAUUCCUUUAGCUGCCACCAGUUCUUUCCCAUCUCCAAAUGUGUCCUCUCUGGAGUCCCUGCCUCCACAUGCACAUUCCACUCCUCAGCCAUCCCUGCCUCCUAUGCGGCCGUCAGCACCACUGCCGUUCGUGUCCCUGGCACCAACAGCUCCUGUCCCAGCUCAUGUUCCCUCUGUGCCGCCUCCUGCUCCUCCACCAGCUGCUGCUGCCUUCAGCACUCCUCCCUCAGCUUUCUUCCCACCUUCAACUUCUGCUCCGGGACCUGUUUCAUCUGCACCUUCUUCUGGCCCUCCUAUAUCAGGGUUUUCUGUGGGUACAACAUAUGACAUCACCAGGGGACAUGCGGGAAGAGCUCCCCAAACACCGCUCAUGCCAUCAUUUUCUGCACCUCCAGUAACAGGUAUUUUGCCAGCUCCUAUUACUCAGCAAGCUAGCAUGGAAUCUCUGGCACAAGGAACCACCUCAGCCAUUACUUUCCCAGAGGAGCAGGAUGAUCCUAGAAUUAAUAGAGUGCCAGAUGAAGCAUCUGCUGGUGGAAUCUGGGGUUUUAUUAAGGGUGUGGCUGGGAAUCCUAUGGUGAAAUCUGUGCUUGAUAAGACAAAACAUUCAGUAGAGAGCAUGAUUACGACGCUGGACCCCGGCAUGGCCCCAUAUAUCAAGUCUGGGGGUGAGCUGGAUAUUGUAGUGACAUCAAAUAAAGAAGUCAAAGUGGCUGCUGUGCGUGACGCUUUCCAGGAGGUCUUUGGCUUAGCUGUGGUAAUUGGGGAAGCUGGGCAGUCCAACAUUGCUCCACAACCUGUGGGCUAUGCAGCUGGAUUGAAAGGUGCCCAGGAACGCAUAGAUAGCUUGCGCCGGACUGGAGUGAUCCAUGCAAAGCAGACAGCUGUGUCGGUAGAAAACUUCAUUGCAGAAUUGCUACCUGACAAGUGGUUUGACAUUGGGUGCUUGGUAGUUGAAGAUCCUGUGCAUGGCAUUCGCCUGGAAACUUUUACUCAAGCCACACCAGUGCCUUUGGAGUUUGUGCAACAGGCUCAAAGUCUCACUCCCCAGGACUAUAAUCUACGGUGGUCAGGCCUUUUGGUGACAGUGGGCGAAGUCCUGGAGAAGAGUUUAGUAAAUGUCAGCCGGACUGAUUGGCACUUGGCCUUCACUGGCAUGUCUCGCCGACAGAUGAUCUACAGCGCCGCCAAAGCUGUGGCAGGCAUGUACAAACAGCGCCUGCCCCCAAGGACCGCCUGAGAGCUGCCCAGCUAGAGCCAAGACUGCCCUCGCUCCUAGCUUCAUGGGAAGAAGAUGUGUGCCAUCUUCUUAAACUAGACAGCGUCAGUGAAUCCAGAAGGUUUUACAACUUCCCUGUAGGCUGCAAUUUUUUUUUCUUUUCCUGUAAAAGCGUGGUGUCAUUCCUUUGGAGAAAAGAAAGAUCCUUUUUACAAUCACAGUUUUACAAGUUCCUCAAAAAAAGAAAAUGUACAAAUAUAUUUAUGACACAAUUUAAUAUGCCAGAUUUACUAAGUGAAUUUGAUAUGUGAACAUAUUUAAUUUAAUGAUACAGACUAGAGUAUUUUGGUGAACAAUAUGCUCAAGAAUUGACCCUAAGACACCUACCUGUAGAGAUGAAUAUUUCUGUAUGCCUCUCACACAGUGAGUCAAAGGACAAAAUCAAUCACUUCUUUCUGGUUAUCAUGUGCUUGUCGUCUUAUCUGGAAAAAUAUACUUGUUUCCUUUUUAAAAAAUAAUUUUUGGCAGUUUACAGAUUUCUACUGUGAACAUUGGAGUUAGACAUUUUUAAUUUUUUUUCAUUGCUGUGUCACAAUUAAAGGGUAAAUAACCCCAGUAUAUUUUAAAUCAAAACUAUUCAUGUUAUUUUUGUAUAACACUAUUCAGAACUUCCGAGAAUAAACUCCCAACUGCUUCCACUUACGUUCUCCAAAGAAUAGAUUUAGAGAGGGGAUACCUUGUUGCUGUGCCUCUUUUAAUUAAGAUUGCUUCUUAGUUUGACUUAGGACACCACUUUUAUAACUUUAUGCUAUUCUGUCUUUAUUUUUUAAUGGACAUUUUUCAAAGAAACUAUUUUAUAUUGAACCUGGUUUAUUUGAUCUAUGUUUGUAUUGAGCGAAAGCUUUUUCUUCCCUCAAAUAAUAUAUUUUACCAUUCUUUGGACUUACAUAAGUCAAAAUUAAGUAAAUGUUUUUCUUAUACAGUUGAACUCUGUGUAAAUUCAAAUAACUUUCUGAAAAUAGUUUCAUAUCUAAAUGUAAUUUAAUUUUUAUUUACUCUUCUCUACAGUUAUAUAGAGGUAAAUGAACUAGCACUGUCUCUGGCAGUUUUAUAAAAGCAUUAAAGCUCUCAUCUUGGGCUGUCUUGAUGUGUAAGGUUUGCUUUGUAUUAAUGUUUUUUUCAAGUAAUUAUUUCAUUUAUGCUAGCUUUAACUGAGGAUGAAAAUAAUUAAGAAUUAAUUUGAAAUGGCACACAGUUUCUAAGCGAACUUCCAAACCCUGUCCUGAUUGUUGGGUGACAUUCAGACUUCCUGUCAUUGGAAGUGGGAAAGGAGCUGCCUCCAGUUGCUAUGGUGCCCUUUGUCCUGGGAUAGUAGAGCCAGAUGCUUUCAUUCCUUCUUAUGUGAAAGAAGGCAGAAACAUUUUCUCCCAUUCAUCUCUAUCUUUUGCUUUUAAAAGCUGUCCAGAAUUUUAGACUGAGGUAAAAAAGUAUGCCCACUCUUAAAUAUUUUUGCUACUUUCCCUCCUAUUACAGGGAAAUUGUAUAGAUCCUACAAAGACCUGGCUUCUUUUUCUUCCUUUUUUUGUUUUUGUUUAACCAAGUCUUCAGUAUCUUUUUUUUACUUUUGUGAAGGUUGUUCUCAUAGAACCACAAGUGAACAUUGAUCUCCCACUGAGUGGUGUUUUUCUUUAAGUCCACACAUAGCUGUGGCAGAGUUCUGCCAUGGCUUGAAGUGGGAUUUUCCUGCCCAUGAUAACUGUCGCCUUCUGAUCUUUGGAGCAGCAUAUGUGGGUAAGGAGGAACAAGGGGCCAGUAGAAAGGGAAACAUGUGAUCUAACCUGGCCUGUUUCUGCUUUGGGUCCAGGGUUCUCUUUGAAAGACCUCAGGGCAUGACUGACUGCAACUGCACACACUUAGCUUUCCUAACCUUUUAUUUUAUCAUCCUGGAUUCCCCGUGUUCCACAGGACCAGGAAAUGUAAUUCAUAGCCUUAUACCAGGGUGACUUAGCCAGGCAGUUUCCAUGAUGGUAUUUAAGCAUUGGAUAUAUCCAAUUAUCAAGCAUAUCUUAAGUACAUGGUACCCUUUUUCAGCCCUCUGGUCUCCUAGGUCCCUUUUCCUCAUUUCUGUGUGUGUGUGUGUGUGUGUGUGUGUGUGUGUGUGUGUGUGUGUGUGUGUGUACUGUAGGGGGCAUAGGUAGAUAGCUGUCAUUUGUUCUUUCUGAAGAUUUUUUAACCCAGUUUGUUACCAUGUUAUAGUGGUUUUAUGAAAUGAGGAGGUAUAAAUUACUGCCUUUUGUAUGUUUUAUUCCAAGUCAUUGAAUUUUUUGACUUUAAACACAAUUAGUAUAAAAAUCCUCAGAAAAAAUGGAUAAAAGUAAUUAAACAUCAGCUUCAGAUGAUCAGUUCUAAGAGUCCUCCUUGUCACUUUUUGUUGUUGUUUGUUGUAAGGCUGGAUCUUGAACCCAAGGUAUCAAGCAUGCUAAGCAAAUAGUAUAUGGCUAAGCCCUAUCCUUAACCCCUUGUUACAUUUCCAGGGCCGUUCUGAACCUUCUUAGACUUGUGAAGUGUAAAAAGCUGGUGGUUUACUCUUGUGAUUCUCUUGUCAUUGUGCUUUCCCAUUGUUUAUUCCUUAGCUCUUUGGUAGAAACAAAGAUAGUGUGAUAGUAGUAGAAGUAUAAAAAGGUCCAGAUGACCAUGUUUAAUUUGCAUUAGUUAUACAAAGUACCAAUACUCAGGGUCAACUAAACUAUUUAACAUGUUUAAUUUACUUGUUUUUUGGCUAGAAAUAGUUCUAAAUAGAACUUUGUGGUUUGUGAUGCCAAAUGGAUAAUGCUGUUUUCAAAGUUGUUGUAUUGAGCAUAAAUUAUUAAGAAAGGGGGAUUUUUUUUCCCCAGGAUAUGGAGUUCAUUUAUGCAAAAGGACUUUGGAUAGUCAGUUUUGUAAGUAUGUAAAUAUGUCAUAAAUAAUACUUUGGCUGUUUCCUAAUGCUGUAUAGUGGUUUUCAGAUGCUUACUUUAUUAAUAUAUUACAAAGAUCCAUAUUCCUUUUUUGUCUUAUUGGUCUAGUGACUGCCACGAGUUCUUGUAGAAAAGAAACAGAACACCAUUUUUUUCUGGGGGAUUGUAACAUUCAGAUACACUAGAGUUACCACAGCAAGGUCAGAGAACUCGGGUUGUUUAGGAGAUAAAAGGGAUGUGCAGGAAGCUAAGGCCUCUUCAGGAGACUUCCUUAGUGCUGGCUUUAAUUUUACCUCUCUUGACCUCCAUAAAUAGUAUUUUUUUUCUUUAGACGUCAUUAUUUUACAGUAGUUUUAGGUUCAGAGCAAAAUUGAGGAAGAAGGUAAGAGAUUUUGUGCCUUUGUCCCUUGUCCCCACAAAUACACAGCGUGACUCAUUAUCAGUCCUGCCUAAUAAAGUAGUCCGUUGUAAUUGAUGAAUGUCAUUGACACAUCACAGUCACCCAGAGUCUGUAGUUCAAGAUUCACUUUAGAGGUUGUGUAGUGAAUGGGUUUGUAUACAUGUCUAAUGGCACAUUCGUCAUUACAAUAUCAAUUUUGAAUGCCCUGAAAAUUUCUUCCUUGUUCAAGCCCAUCCUAAGUCCAACUCCUUGACAACUAUUAAUCCUGUACUGUCUCCUAGUGUUCCUUUUCUAGAGUGGCUUCUGCUUAGUUAUAGGUGUUUAAGCUUGCUCUAUGUCUUUGCAUAGCUGGAUGGCUCAUUUCUUAAGCACAAAUGGCUAUAUUGUGUGUAUUUAAACACAUUACUCUUCCAUUUACCCACUGAAGGACAUCUUGGUUGAGUCUUCAUUUGGGUGAUUAUGGAUAAA